AUCUUGCCAUUUUCCAGCUCCACUGACUCAGAAUCCGUUCGUGUUGAGACCGCACCCACGUGGCUGCGCGCAUGCCGCCGGCCGUGUGCACGGACUUCUCCCGGCCGCAGCUGACUGUCCCGGGAUAUGAGAAAUGAGUGUUGGGCGUCGAAGAAUAAAGUUGUUGGGUAUCCUGAUGAUGGCAAAUGUUUUCAUAUAUUUGAUUAUAGAAGUCUCCAAAAGCAGUAGCCAAGACAAAAAUGGAAAAGGAGAAGUAAUCAUACCCAAAGAAAAGUUCUGGAAGAUAUCUAGCCCUCCCCGGGCAUACUGGAACAGAGAACAAGAAAAACUGAACAAGCGGUACAAUCCCAUUUUGAACAUGCUGGCCAACCAGACGGGGGAUGCGUACGGGUCUUCAAACAUAAGCCAUCUGAACUAUUGUGAACCUGACCUGAGGGUCACAUCAGUCGUGACAGAUUUUAAUAAUCUGCCAGACCGAUUUAAAGACUUCCUCCUGUAUCUGAGAUGCCGAAAUUAUUCGCUGCUCAUAGACCAACCGAAGAAAUGUGCAAAGAAACCCUUCUUAUUGCUGGCAAUUAAGUCCCUCACUCCACAUUUCGCCCGGCGGCAGGCGAUUCGGGAAUCCUGGGGCAGAGAAACAAACGUGGGCAAUCAGACGGUGGUGCGGGUGUUCUUGCUGGGCCAGACGCCCCCGGAGGACAACCACCCCGACCUCUCGGACAUGCUGAGAUUCGAGAGCGAGAAGCACCAGGACAUUCUCAUGUGGGACCACCGAGACACGUUCUUCAACCUGUCUCUCAAGGAGGUGCUUUUUCUCAGGUGGGUGAGCACCUCCUGCCCAGACGCCGAGUUCGUUUUCAAGGGCGACGAUGACGUCUUUGUGAACACCCAUCACAUCCUGAAUUACUUGAAUAGCUUAUCCAAGAACAAAGCCAAAGAUCUGUUUAUAGGUGAUGUGAUCCACAAUGCUGGGCCUCAUCGGGAUAAGAAACUGAAGUACUACAUCCCAGAGGUCUUCUACUCUGGGGUCUACCCACCUUACGCGGGGGGCGGCGGGUUCCUCUACUCCGGCCAGCUGGCCCUCCGGCUGUACAGUGUAACUGACCGCGUCCACCUCUACCCCAUUGAUGACGUUUAUACGGGCAUGUGCCUUCAGAAGCUGGGCCUCGUUCCAGAAAAGCACAAAGGCUUCAGGACAUUUGAUAUCGAGGAGAAAAACAAGAAUAAUAUUUGUUCCUAUGUAGAUCUCAUGUUAGUACAUAGCAGAAAACCUCAAGAAAUGAUUGAUAUUUGGUCUCGGUUGCAAAGUGCUCAUUUAAAAUGCUAAAAUACAUACAAGCUAAAACUUUUCCAUAGAAAGGCAUAUCUCGACAACUUCCAUGUUGUGCUUGCAUAUUAGGCUAAUUUCUGUGGGAGCCCAUCAGAAUUGCCUUCAUAACUAGCAUCCACGUGAGGGCCUCUAAGCCCUUCACUUCCGUCAGAGACCUUCAUGAUGAGGGAAAGCAGAAGAUAGUUCACAGAGAAUGUGGCAGGGUCAUUCCUACUGGCUACUGUCAGUAUUUUUAAUUUUUCUCCCUUCUUAUCCAAAGUCACAGGUCUCUAGAAUUUGAGCAUUGUUAUUUUGCUUUUUCCCUUCUAUAUAUACUAUUCCUGUUUCCAUUAGAAUGACUGAUUUAUCUAUAUUCAGGAGAUGAUAAACUUAUUGGUUGUCAAGAUUUUGUUAUACAUGACUUUGGUGGCUUUGUGAGAUGAAAGUACAUGUAUUGUCAUGAAAUUUGGGUAAAUUUUAAAAAUUAUCUAGAAAAUAGACGAAUGUCAAAUUUUCCUGUCACCCAACAGUAUCCUCUAACAUUAAUGUAACUAGUUACAAAAUGAGAAUCACUGUACAACGCACGCAUUCAGUUUAUCCUGUGGUCUUAUAUGGUCAUGACAGGGACAGAGGUUUCAGUUUUUUGUUUUUAAUUUUUUUGUAUUUGGUUUGCUGAUGGUAUGAUAGUUACCUAAUUUUAGUGUCUUUUUUUUUUUUUUAAUAAAAUCAUGAGUAUGAUCCCCUAAUAGCCAACUGAAGAUUGAAUAGGACCUGACAGCCACAUGGUUUUGUGAGUUUUCAGUACGGGCCAGGUAAACAUUUGUGACUUAGGAACUUCAGGUGAAACGAUUGAGUUUCUUAAGUGGUUUGUCAGUUUAAAACUCUAGGGCUCUGUUCUUGCCACGUUUUCACAUAUUGCUUAGAUAUAAUCAUCUGAAUAGUGACUGCUUUCUUCCCCGUCUCUGUGUAGAAGUGCCCGUGUUUUUAUUUAUUGUUAAGAUCAAAGACCAAAACAUUUUCUUAAAUAUAUUUUGUGUAAUAUUUUAUUUGUAUACAGUGUUGUCGAUGACAUAUUUAACUAGAGCAUGAUAUUUUAAAUGUUAAGCUGUAAUAUAACAUAAAGUAAAGCUAUUAUUUUUGAAUUUUAAAUUUGCUUUUUGAGGGGUAUGAACGACUUAAGCUGAUAAAAUUCUGCCAAACUAUUGUUUGUAUCUACUAUCUUGUAACAUGCUUUCUUAAAAUAUUUUUUUGUGUUUUUAGAGAUGCAACAGUGGGUACUUAAAAGAGUGGAAAUAAAGUGAAAGUAUUUUUAA